AUGCGCCAAAAGAAAAUAGAAAAUGAAAAAGUUGCACCCAAAGCAAACAAGACCAGCUUGAGUAGGCCUUUCCCUCUUUUAUACACCCACACAAUGCACACGAUGCUCCGACAGCUACAUCGGCAGCGACCGCUUAUGCCCACCGCGAAAGCAGUAUGCAUCCGCUGCCUCAUCACGAAACACAACAAAAACAACUUCAGCAACAACAACAAGACAUCAUCAUCGCUGGACUCCAACCGCAUCCCACCAGUACCGAAACCGGGGUCCAACCCAGACCCAUUCCAGCACGGCAACCACAUAAUCUUGAACAAGCUCAAACCGAUCCAGCCCAACGACCUCUACGUCUCAUGCACCACGUUCGACUCCCAGGGAAACAUCAACGCCGUGUCGCGGAAAUACCCCAAGAUGCAAUUCCUCAAGGAGAACCACUUGUAUCCGCGCGACUUGCGCAAGAUCGACACCUCUUCCAUUGACGUUAUACCGAUGAUCAUGAUCCGGCCGUCGAAUGCCAUCUUGGUCAAUUUGCUAUAUAUCAAAGCCAUCAUUAAAAAGAACAGCGUGAUGGUGUUUGACACGUCGAACCCCGAGGUGGCUUCGAAAUUGGGCAUAUUCAUGUAUGAUUUGGAGCAGAAGCUCAAGAUCGCCUCGUCGCAUGCUGGUGGUGGCGGUGCCGCCGCCAAUGGCAACAGUGGUAUGCCGUAUGAGUUUCGCGCGUUGGAGGCGGUGUUGGUGAGCGUUAUGAGUUAUUUGGAGGCGGAGAUCAAGUUGUAUAUAAAGAGCUGCGGCAUGACGUUGAGCCAGUUGGAGGAUGAAGUAGAUAGGAAGAAGUUGCAGGAGUUGUUGAUUCGGCUGAAGCAGUUGCUGAGUUUCCAUCAGAAGGCGGUGUUGAUCCGCGAUGUGUUGGAGGAUUUGUUGGAGAACGAUGAAGAUUUGGCGGGGAUGUACUUGAGUCGACCCAAGACAAAGCCAAUUGACCACGCGAGUGGCGGAAGUGGGGGAAGUAAUGAGAUUUUGGACGAGGAUGUCGAUAAAAACAUGGACAAUUACGAAGAUCUAGAGAUGAUCUUGGAGAGUUACUACCGACAAUGCGACGAGUUUGUGCAACAAGCGGGCAGUCUACUCAACGACAUCAAAGCCACUGAGGAAAUCGUCAAUAUCAUCUUGGACGCCAAUCGAAACUCGCUCAUGUUGUACGAGUUGAAAAUCACCGUGUACACCUUGGGUUUUACCGUGGCCACGCUCGUGCCGGCCUUUUACGGGAUGAACUUGAAGAACUACAUCGAGGACUCGAAUCUCGGGUUUGGGGCCGUGGUGCUCUUUUCGCUUAUCCAAGGUGCCUUGCUCACUUGGUACAAUUUCAAAAAGCUCCACAAGGUGCAGAAACUCACCAUCAUGGGCACAAACGACAACUCGUCCAAAAUCCUUACUCCUUACAAAACCAAAAUCAAACGAGAUACCUCCUUCUUGCACAAGUUGAUCUUUGGCGGUUCGUAUCGGAGAAAGAAAUACGAUUGGCCGACGUCGAGAGAAAAAGACCUCAUCUGGAAGAUGAUCAACGACAAUAAAACUAGAAAGUGA